AGAAGUGUCCCACCUCUGGGGUUGCGCGUAGUGUGCGAAAGACACCGCGACACAGAACGUCACACUGUAACAUUCUGGACAUAACUGGACAUUAGUUCAUUGUCCUCGAGGACUUCCUUGCAAUAUUGCCAACCAACCUUUGAACACACAGACAUCAAACUCGUGUCUACCGGUGUUUGGAAUUACUGCCUCUUUUGGAUAUUUCCAAGUUUUUCUCUUAGUUGACCCGGCAUCAAUAUUAUAAAACUGGGGAAACUGGUCAGAAACCCUGAAGCUUUGCCGAGGAGCAUUAGAGUGUUCGUUACGAUAAUUGGCUAUCGAAUGGACCAACAUCCCAGCGCCCGGAGCUGCACCAACCGCGGAGCUCCGUCCUGCGAGGCCAUCCAGAGCGAGCCCUCCAUGAAUUUGUACAUUCACUCCACAACCGGCACGCGCUUCGAGCUCUCCCUUCCACUGGAAGAGACAGUGGAAGGAUUGAAAAGAAGACUUUCACAAAGACUCAAAGUACCAAAAGAAAGACUUGCUUUGCUUCACAAGGAAACGCGACUCAGUUCAGGAAAACUCCAAGACUUUGGCAUCACAGAUGGGAGCAGGUUAACACUGGUGCCGACAGUAGAAGCAGGCUUAAUGUCUCAAGCAUCAAGACCCGAACAGUCCGUAAUGCAAGCCCUGGAGAGUUUAACAGAAACGCAGGUCAGUGACUUCCUGUCUGGUCGAUCUCCACUGACACUGGCGCUACGUGUAGGUGAUCACAUGAUGUUUGUACAGCUGCAGUUGGCAGCUCAGCAGUCUGGUGGACAGCAGUUGCAGCACCGGCACCUCAUUGCCCGAGGGCCCUCGGACAGUACUGGGGCAUCCAUGGGGGCCUCUGGAACCAGCAAUGGCCAUGUCAGAGUUCCACACCCACACCCUCACCCUCACCCCCACCCUCACCCUCACCCCCACUCUCAGCCCCUACACACACAUCCUGCUCCAGCCACUCCUGUCAGCUCCCCAGCCUUCCCUCAGGCCAACACAAUCCAAACUGCACCACCCGCCUACCCAUCAUCCUCUACAUCCUACUGCAGUCCCCCUUCACGCCCCUCCCCGCUCCCCAGCAGCCUCCUCCGGUCACACCAGCCCUCCCCGGCCAGCUCCGGCGCUCAGAGCCCCACCUCUGCCAUCCCAUGCCCGGAGGCUAACUGCACUGCAAAGAGCCCCAGCAGUAGCUCAACGCCCACAGCACGGUCACGCAAACCGGGCGCCAUCAUUGAAAGCUUUGUGAACCACGCUCCCGGAGUUUUCUCAGGGACUUUCUCAGGCACUUUGCAUCCCAACUGUCAGGACAGCAGCGGACGGCCUCGGCGGGACAUCGGCACCAUCCUGCAGAUCCUCAACGACCUCCUGAGCGCCACCCGCCAUUACCAGGGCGUGCCCCCGUCCCUCACCCAGCUGCGCUGCCAGACGCAGUGCGGCCCCACCUCGCCGUCGCCCUCCCCUCCCCCGUCGCCCCCAGCCGCUGGGCUCGCUGGUCUCUCUGCCAAAGCUACCUCGGUGCCCGCUGGCGGCCCGCCCACCCUGCACCCCCUGGUACAGUGCCAGAGCCAGAUUCGCAUGUGCAGGCCCCCUGGUGACCGGCUGCGGCAGACGGAGAACCGCGCGACGCGCUGCAAGGUGGAGCGGCUGCAGCUCCUGAUGCAGCAGAAGAGGCUGCGCCGGAAGGCCCGCCGUGACUCCCGCGCGCCGUACCAGUGGCUGCCCAACCGCAAGUCGGGCCGCAGCAACAGCAACAGCAGCGUGUCCAGCGAGGGCUCCCUGGACCUGGACUUCGAGGACUCGGUGUGGAAGCCCGACGUCAAGGCCGACAUGAAGUCGGAGUUCGUCAUGGCGUAACGGUACACGGAGGAAGAGGGGGGACCAGGAGGCACGCGAGACACAAGAAGAGAGUGUGCUGAAAAGAGGGACAGAGAGAGGAAGCAAACAGACUGAUGCCCAUCGAUGAGCAUUAACGACCCACGUUUCCUCACUCCCUGUGACAAAAAUGACACUUGUCACACAAGGUUCCCACUUGAUAUUCAUGUUGUCUUGUCCUGUCCUCCGCAGCCUCUUUUGUUGGAGAAAAAAAAGAAAAAAAAAAAAAGAAAAAAAAACAGGUGUUGAUGUUUGGACUUGAAUAGGACUUUAUAAGACUACAAUUUAGCAUAAAAAAGACUACAAAUAUGUCCUGCCUUACAGAAACUGAAUAUGGCAGUCUUCAGAGGUGGUGGUGUGUUUUUUUUUUUUUUUUUUAAAAUAUUUCCAAGGAGAACUCUGGAUGGAAAUCCACACUGGACUCUGUGGCGGGACUGUGGGAGGCAGCAGCCUCUGUGUACUGUAGAGAAAAGAGGCAGGCCCUUGUCCUGCGGCCACCCCCUAGACUCUUAUAAUGGGCAUUCUAGGUUUCACAUUCACCUACCAGAAUCAAGUCAUUUCUAAGAAGGUAUCUUUUUCAUUUUUUAACUAUUAUUUUUUUCUAAACAAAUAUGUAGCAUUCUUCACAAAGCAUUCAGGUUUUCAAAAAAAUCUAAACAAAACGAAAGGUGUUUAAUUUGCACAUUUUUAUGAUUUUUCAAACAGCUGGGUUACAGAGUGUGAGGGGGGAGGGGGAGGAGGUCUUGGCAGCAACAGCUUCAGACAGAGGGACAAAGUGGACAAUGAAACUAAAACAGAAGAAGAGGAACAUUCAACACAGAUGUUUGUUUGGGAUCACAAAAAUGUAUCUGUUAACAGCAACCUCAGUAAUGCAGGUUAUAAAUAGGAAUAAUAAAUGAAUAAACAAAAUGAAUAAUUAAUGGAAAGUGCUUUAGAAGGUUGUAAAAUCAUGCUUUUAAAUAUAUAUGAAAAAAAUCUCUAUUUUUUGUUUUACUUUUUUAUCGGCUGUUUUCAAAAAACAGUAACCCAAUAUGGCUUGGGUCAAGCCAUUAAUGAAAUGAGUAGUUAACUAAUGUGUUCAUUCAAUCAUCCAUUAAUUCAUUCACGCAUGAAUCUCCACCUUCAUCAGCGAAAAAACGGCGUGCACCCACCUAACAUGUCAAAUUGUCUCGAUUACAGCCCAUCUAUUGAACUUUCUUUUUAGAGUGAAUGUGGUGUGCGUGUGUGUGCGUGUGUGUGCGUGUGUGUGCGUGUGUGUGCGUGUGUGUGCGUGUGUGUGCGUGCGUGUGCGUGGAUGUGGGUGGGGGACAGCAGUAUGGACAUACAAGCGUGUGUUCCACACAUAACAUUACAUUAGACAUUACAGCCAUCACUGCCAACCUACUCCCUGUCAUUCAACUACCUAACAAACCAGAACAUUUUCUCUCAGAUUUGAGCUCACAGGAUCUCUUAAAAUGAUAUACGUAUAAUUCACUCUUCUUUACACAAGUUUGCCUGUUAAUAUUUUGUGUUUUUCCCCAAGAAAUGCAGUGUAAUUGAUUAUGGCUUUUCUGAAAAAUGAAAGAAACUGGUGGACUUGAGUCCACUCAGUGUCUGGGUUACAUUGGAAAAAUGUGGGGUGUGGGCCAUCCUUGUCUUAUUGUACAUUGCAUUUCCAUCCCUCCUUCCAGGACUGUGAUCACACACAUUUACCACCCAUCCUUGUCACAGUAUCAGAUUAUUCAUUCUCUAAUUUGAUUUGAAAGGAAGAGUAGGAGAGGGCUGAAAUUGCAAGAAGGGAACUCAAAUCCAAUUAUAUUGAUCAGUGCCUCCAGAUGUAGUUUCACUUACAUAUCGGAUUGGACCUUUGACAGACGAAGAAUUGUGCUGCUACAUAGGAUUUUCUUUUAUGGGGAAUAGUGAUUUUUCUUUGCAUGCAAAAGUAUGAAUUAUCUUUGAACACUAGAGUUUGGACAAAGUAAUACAAGUUCAUAUGACGGUGUGGUGCUGAGAGAAGGAUGUUAAAAGUGCAUGCUUUUUGGAAAAAAAAUGAGAAGAAAUGUGCUGCUGUUUUUGAUAUGAAUUUUAGCAGUAUCUUGCAAUGUAUUCUCAACAUGUUCAAAACCAACCAACGAACCAAAAAGAGAUGAAGUAAGACAGGACUCGUAUCUUGCUCACUCUGAACAUUCCUCAACUGUGACAAUGAGCAGAGAACAACUGAUAGCCACUUUCUCACCGACUGCUGGCGUUUUCCUCUCCCAUUCCCCACACUGCAAGAAGAAUCCUUUCAGUGAGCCCAUUAACGGCCGGUAGACUGAAAUGUUCAGCAAGCUGCACGUGGAAAACCAGGAAACCAUUCAGACCAUCUAUUUUUCCACUGACUCCAUAAAGCGUUUUUUCUUAAAUGUGUCAACAUGUACCACACUUGCACUCGCAGUUUGCAGUGAGAGAUUACCUGCUAGAAGGCAAACCUCAUCUUUUGUUAAGUGGCCUUAUCUUUCACGAAAUGAAACACACAGGGGUUGGGGGAGGUAGAGGUAGGGACCUUUUUUUUUUUUGAAGCAAGUGUUCCAUUUUAUCAUAACACCACUCUCACUGAAAUUUUGGGCACCUCUUUGUGCUUCUAGCAGGUGGAGUCAAUGUAUUAUAUCAAGGCUUCUGUGCCUUAAAAUGUUGCCCUGCAGUGAGAGUCAAAUAUGAAAUGACGGUAUACACAUCCCCACUAUGAACAAAUAACUCCCUCCAAGUGAUUUAAGGCGGUCUAAUGAUAUUUGACAGAAUUGUGGAGUGGUGAUCAUUAGGCAGCAUUGCUCUGCUGAGCCUGAGGGUGAGAAUGUGGAGGACAUGAGUGAUUGUGUCUCUUUACAAAUCAGAAAAUUUGUGUUGUAUCUCGAUCUUUGUCUUCCCAUUUUGCCAUCUUGUUCCCAUCUUUGUUAAAGGCCAUUUUUGUACUUGAAACCCCACUCUGUCCUGCCACCAACAAGCUGAGAAGCAACAAAUUAACAAAAAGAUUAAAAAAAAAAACAAAAAAAAACUGAGGACGUUUUGACUGCAGUGCUAUGGCAACAAAGUGCCCCGACUCUGAAUGGAGGCGUCCUCUGAGGACAUGUGACAACAUGCACUUCCUGUCUCCUUGGAUACAUGUUAAAGGACAAUUUUUCCCAGAUUUUAUUUAAUUUUUAUAUAUGUAUGAAAUAUACUCUGUGUGUGCCUCACUUAUGUGUGAAAUUUCAAAGACAAAAAGAUAAUAUGGGUUGAAGUGUAGGGAAAAAAGGGGUGGGGGGCAUUUCCAAACCAGUUUGUUGGUGGAGUGAUUACAUGUUCUGAUCACCUCAUUUAAGUUGCCUGUUCUUUCUUGUAGCCAGCCAUUUAAAAUAAUAACACGAGUCAAAAUACAAUUUACAAUGUUAUAGCUAUAGACCGGUGUAGCACAUGUGUGACUGUAUUAAUUUAUGAAACCAAAAUGGUAACUGUGAAUUACGUAUUUCUUUGUGCAUUUUUUAGUGGGAGAAGGUGGCUAAGGCCUAGCCAAGGUUAAUGCAAUGUCCUAUUUUGUUUUU